GGAUAGUUCUGGUGAGGGAGAGCUAAAUUUGCUGAGUGAUCGAUUGUGGAAAAACUACUGCAAAUAUCAUUCCAUUGUAGAAAAAUACUUCGAUAAAAAAUGAUAUACUAUGGUCUUACCCGGCGACGACGCAACCAACGAAAAGCCAGCAUCUAAUAACACGAAAACGAAGUAAGUAUCCAGCGGGAAAACACAAAUUACAAACUCAAGUUCUCGGUAGGUCGCACGUAGCAGGAAGGUCAUGACUUGUCAUAGGAGCGGACUUGUAAAACUUGCAAUGUGCUGUUAAUGCAAGUCAGUUGUCUAGUGGUUUUUUCUAGUACAACUACUAGGACGUUCAUGCAAGAAAAAGAUGUCGUUUUCGUCUUUUCUAUCCUAGGGGUCGACAGGCAAGAAAGGAAAUGGAGGAGAUAGGCAGCCUUCCUCGGGAGGCACAGCUGGGGAGGGCGCGCUUACCUCGGAGGAGGUCGAUGUCUUCGUUCAGCAGCUGCUGGAAAUUCGAAACUCCGUCGAAACCAGUCGACAAAAGGUGGGCACGAUUAUGCUCACGGAGUGGGAAGUUCGACGGCUACUGAACGCGACGCGUGCGAUUUUGCUGGCGCGACCGGUGUUUCUCGAGUUAGAAGCGCCCCUGAACGUUUUAGGCGAUCUGUAUGGGCAAUUUUUCGAUGUCUUGCGCUUCUUCGACACGGAAGGUUAACCGCCGGAGUUCAACUACCUCUGCUCGGGUGACUACGGGGAUCGAGGAAGACAAUCGUUGGAAGUCACGUGCCUCUUGAUGUGUUUCAAGAUUAAGUACCCUGAAACCUUCUCUCUGCUGCGCGGUAAUCACGAGUGUGCAGGCAUCACGAGGAUCUAUUAAGGUUCUUGACCCAUUCUUCGAAUACGUCUAAUUCAGAAGAAGAGAGAUGCUGAAAAAAAUGACUCAGGCUCAUAUUUUCAGGAAUGAGAGGAAGAAAAUUGUUAAACCCUGGAUGCUAACCUUUACCGAAAGAUGAGGCUAGUUAUUUUUAGCAGGACGCUCGUAUUGGAACCACGUGAUUAUCGUUCCACCCUCUAAUUCCUUGGUGUUUACGAUGACUGCAAGCGACGAUACAGUGUGAAGGUGUGGAAGCAGUUUUGUGACAUGUUAAAUUGUCUUCUCAUGAGUGCACUGAUUGACGAGAAAAUCCUUUGCGUCCAUGGUGGUUUGUCACCCGGAAUCAACAGUCUGAAUGACUUACGCACUUUCGUACGACCGACGGACGUACCUGAUGUAGGAAUUAUUUGCGAUUUGCUCUGGGCAGAUCCGGAUCAGGGCAUUACGGGUUUUGCUGAGAGAGAACGAUCGCGGUGUAUCCUACAUCUUCGGGCCGGACGUGGUGCAGAAGUUUUUAUCGAAAAACGACCGGGAUUUGGUUUGUCGAGCGCACCAAGUUGUCGAAGAUGGGGAGGAGUAAUGCUUUUCUAGAAAACUAUUAUGAAAUUUCGAUGCUAUAAUUCUCUGUUCGAAUGUCCUCUCAUGAACGCCAGUAUGAUUGUGUGAUUUUGUGGUCCAUGGUCAACAUUGAAGCUACGAUGUUCUUACUUCUUGGUCACAUAUCAUAGGUAUGAGUUCUUCGUGAGACGACAGUUGAUCACACUGUUUUCGGCACCGAAUCAUUAUGACGAAUUCGACAGCGCUGUUGCGAUGAUGAAAGUCGAUGA